AUGGCAACCAUUUUAACCUUCAUUGCCCUCUCUUUUAUGACUACAUGGGUGCCCUUAUUGGCAAAUGCAAAAGUCUUCAUAGUUCUAAUGAAAGAUGACCCUUUUGUAUCUACAAAAUCAAAGAAUUUUGAAGAUAUUGAUGUCUACAAAGAAAGGAUGAGAAGACAACAUGACAUGCUUCUAGGAUCUCUUCUAGAAAAAAGUGUUUAUACCAAAGUUUACAGCUAUACUCAUUUGAUCAAUGGAUUUGCCAUUCAUUUGGCAUCUGAUGAGGCCCUUGAUAUUCUGCGGAAUGUAGAAGGUGUUAGAGCCAUUUAUGAAGAUGUAAAGAUGAAGAAGCUGACAACGCAUACACCUGACUUUUUAGGACUUCCUGCUGGUGUCUGGCCUAAGUUAGGUGGCCCUACGACUUCAGGGGCAGGCGUUGUGAUUGGUAUGAUUGACACCGGAAUCAAUCCGUUCCAUCCUAGCUUUUUGGCUCAAGCAUCAAAUGGUGCUGGCCGCGGUACAAUUGUGAAAAGUGGCAAAUUCAAAGGGAAGUGUGUGACUGGAGAUAGAUUCCCGGAAACAGCCUGCAAUAGCAAGAUAGUUGGAGCACAAUAUUUUGCAAGAGCUGCAACUGCUGCUGGCGAAUUCAAUGCCUCUCGUGACUAUGCUUCCCCUUUUGAUGCUGAUGGACAUGGAAGCCAUACAGCAUCAACUGCAGCAGGAAAUCAUCAGGUUCCUGUCAUUGUCAACCAUUUCAACUAUGGUUAUGCAAGUGGUAUGGCUCCAGGAGCAGGGAUUGCUGUGUAUAAGGCCAUGUAUUCUUUCGGAGGUUUCAUGUCAGAUGUUGUGGCGGCAGUAGAUCAGGCAGUAGAAGAUGGAGUGGAUAUACUUAGCCUUUCUGUAGGGCCAGCAAGUGUCCCUACUGGCCCUUCUGCUUUCCUCAAUGUUCUGGAAAUGCAGCUUUUAUUUGCAACAAGAGCUGGUGUGUUGGUUGUUCAAGCUGCUGGAAAUGGAGGUCCUUCUUCAACUUCUAUUCUUUCCUUCAGUCCCUGGAUCACUAGUGUUGCUGCCUCCACUACGGAUCGUAGAUAUAAUAAUUCAAUUGUUCUAGGCAAUGGACAAAGCUUCUCUGGCAGUGGACUUUCGCCCCCAACCCUUUCAGAAGUGCAUUUCCCACUUGCUGCUGCAUCUGAUGUUUGUAAAGGGAACACUUCUUCUGCUCUAUUGACAGUUGAGAGCUGCCAGGAGACAGAACCAUUCAUUCGAACAUUAGUGCAGGGGAAGAUAGUAAUAUGCACAUAUACAUUUGAUUUUGAAUCAGAAGCGGCAAGCAUAGCCACUGUUGCUGAUACAAUACAAAAUGUCGGGGCAGCUGGUUUUGUACUGACAAUGGACCCUGAUAUUAGUUCUGAAAAAAUUAAGGGAGCUACAAUGACUUUGUCAGUACCUGGUCUAAUCUUGAACAGCAUGGAAGCCUCUACGGCUUUGCGCGAAUACUAUAACUCGAACACAUUAAGAAGUAGAAGUGGAAGGGCUGUUAGUUUCAGAGCUACAGCAAGAAUUUUAGACGGGAGACAAGCUAGUUAUAACAGUCAGGAUCCGGUUGUGGCAUCGUAUUCAUCUAGAGGUCCUGAUGUGAACAAUGCACUCUUAGACACUGCUGAUGUCCUUAAACCGAACAUCAUGGCUCCAGGAUCCUCGAUAUGGGCAUCUUGGAGCCCUAAUAGUGAAGGAGAUCAAUACAUCAAAGGACAGAAUUUUGCACUUUUAUCUGGAACAAGCAUGGCUACUCCACACAUUGCUGGAAUUGCUGCUCUAAUAAAACAGAAGCACCAUGGGUGGAGUCCUGCAGCCAUUACGUCUGCAAUGAUGACAACUGCAGAUGUAACGAAUGGCUACUCUAGUACCCCUCUUUUUGCCCAACAAACCAACCAGCUAACUCCUGCUACUCCUUUUGAUUUUGGAUCCGGGCUUGUCAAUCCAUCUCGAGCCAUUGACCCUGGACUUAUUUUUAAAGCAAGUUUUAAACACUAUGUGCUGUUUUUAUGUUCAGUUCCAGGAGUCGAUGAAAUGUCUGUAAGACGAGCAGUUGGAGUUGGAUGCCCAAGUAAGAAAAAAGCAUGGUGCUCAGAUUUAAACACGCCAAGUGUGACAAUUUCAAAUUUGGUAGGCUCAAGAAAUGUGAUCAGGAGGGUGACUAAUGUUGCUGGUGUAGAUGAAACGUACCAAGUGAUCGUGCAAGAGCCUCUGGGCGUGAGUGUUUCUGUAAGUCCACGAGUAUUUAACAUCAUUGCAAAGGCUUCAAAACAUAUUACCUUUGUCCUAAAUGCAACUCAAACAACCAAUACUUACUCAUUUGGUGAAAUCGUGUUCCAAGGUAACCAAAACCAUACUGUUCGAGUGCCUUUGGCUGUGUUUGUAAGCAGCACUUUACAUUCAUGAUGCUCUUGUAUAU